UUAGAUACAAACAGAAGACCAACCUGAAAGUAAACUUAAUCUAAAUAGAAUAAGGUGCAUAUUUCAAUAUCUGUUUUCUUUGAGUUCCUUUUACAUGCUUCGAAGAUUAGUAUCACGUUUGAAUUAGCUAGAGAAGUGCUUCAAAUAGUAAAACGAAAUCGUGUCUAACAGUUGGAACAAGUUAAAAAUAUGUAAUAUUUAAUGGUCCUAAGUGAGGGAAAACCUCAAGUAAAAAGGUGUGUGCAAAUAAAGAUAAGAAUUUUGUUAUUACAGUUUAAAAUAAUAUCUAUUAUGGUUUGAAUACCGGAGUCGACCGUAUCCAAGUUGAACCAUGGCGAGUCGGCCAAUAACUAAAAAGGUGAUUAAUUCUCCGGAGACGUGUGUCGACGACAACCUGCGCGGCGUGGUUGCUGUCUACCCCGCACUCAAACUGCAUCCUAAACACCGCGUCGUCACUGUCAGGACCAAGAGUGAUACGGGAAGAGUGGCUGUACUCGGCGGCGGGGGAUCCGGACAUGAACCUUUUGCUUCUGGUUUUGUGGGUCAUGGUAUGCUGGACGGCGCGGUAGCGGGCGGUGUGUUCGCCUCGCCUCCAACCGGACACGUCCUGUACGGUAUUGCACACCUCUACAAAUAUAACUCAGGUAUAUAA